AUGUCGGCAAAGACCAUGCCGGCACCAGUUCGGACCGUUUAUGGCUGCGAGGUGGAUGAGGAAGAUGGAAGCCUGGAGAAUUUGGCGUCCCGCUGGCGUCUCGAGGACCUCCCCCCGCUGCCUCCACCAAAGAAGUGUGACAUGCUGCUGCAGUCGACGGGUGGCACCUUCUACGUGAGCUUCCAGAUUUUUUGCCUCGUAGGAGGGACGCACGGGUUGGCCCUGACGAUUCUGCCGCGCUUUCUGGGCCAGAUGCUCACAGCGGACCAGAGGUUCCUCUACCUGACAGCGAUCUACACUGAGGCUGUGAUCGCCGUGGUCUGCCUGCUGUUCAUCCUCUGCGGAGAUCCGGGGGUGAUUCCCAGAACAGAGGAGAACUGCUUUCCCUUGCCCGCGGAGGUGGACAACCCGCCGCUGCCGAAGGAGUCCGGCUAUGCAAUCUUGCUUGGCUUUGGAGCAUUCUUUUCGGUGGUAACCACAGUGUUGGUAUAUCUGGACAAGCAUGCCAAUGGAACCGUGCACACAUCAGAAUUCUUCAACACUGCCGGCCGCACUGUUAACACAGGCCUGACAGCUUCUGUCAUCGUCUCGCAGUGGACCUGGCCGGCGACACUUCUGCAAUCCUGCAAUGUGGCAUGGCGGUACGGAGUUUCCGGGCCGUUUUGGUACGCCAGUGGCGCAACGAUCCAGGUAGUGCUCUUCGGCAUUUUGGCGAUCGCGGUCAAACGCCGUGCUCGGACGGCGCACACAGUGUGUGAGAUGGUUUUGGCUAGGUGGGGCAAGCGUGCGCACCUGACUUUCCUCUUCUUCGCGCUGUUGGCCAACGUACUCGUGACCUCCAUUCUGUUGCUGGGCGGUGCUGCCACAGUAACUGCGCUGACGGGCGUGGAUACGAACCUGGCAGCCUUCCUGAUUCCCUGGGGUGUGAUCCUUUACACAGCGGCAGGUGGCCUGAAG